AUGAUAGGUUUCUGGUUCAUUCUCUAUCUUCCUUCUUCCAAUAUGUGGUUGAGACUUUGCCUUUUGAUCGGUACUGUUGCUUAUCUGACAGCCCAGCCAUGUGGUGGUUGCCAAGGGACAACUGGAGAAGCAUCAGAUACGGAACAAGGCAGUACUACUCAAGGACCCCCCAAUCGAUUCAAUUUAGCCGGCUGGGAAACAGACGACAAUGGAAAUGUGUUUGUAGGCGAUGAUAAUGCGAAACUGUAUUUGAUAUCAGUUGGUUCCUAUUGGCCUUUCCCUAAGGACUAUCGCAAAAAAAGAAGUUUGAAGGAUAUAUUGCUGAAAAUGAAACAGUAA